AUGAGCAGCACAGACAAUGAUAUCGUUGAGGAGCCCCGCAGUUUCCGGAAGGAAUUAGAGAACAGUAACGUUAGGGGUGUGUUGUUGUUUGUAUUCAUUGAUGGUGCUGCGUCCUCCAUAUGGUCUUCCCAACCGUACCAGGUGAUGGUCAGUCGCCUUGCAGGUGAUACUGCAGUUGGUUGGGUAUCCGCUGCCGCUGGAGUCGCACAAAUCGUUGGCGCAUUGAUAGCUGGUGGUGUUCGCAAUGUGCCCCGUCAAGUCAUCUGCCGCCUCAGCGCCUUUUGUGGUUUGGUUGCUGUGAUCAUGUCAGUUUAUGGUAUUACAACCCAAGAUAUAAUGAUAUAUUACUUUGCUUCUGCGCUGUGGGGCAUGUAUGGAGGGAUGGCGUUCACGGGGACUGAAGCGCUGUUUGCUGACAGUGUUGAAUCAGGAAAGCGCGGCUUCGUGUACAACCUGAAGUGGAUCAAUGAAACAACAAGCUCAUGCGUUGGCUCCCUUAUCCUGCUUAUCAUGACACUCUACCUUGGAAACGACUGGGAUACAAAUGUCUUGAAGAUUCUCAUGUAUACCGGUCUUGCCGUUCACCCCACCGCUUUCUUUGCUUUACUCGGCAUGAAAGACAAAAACAUUCUCCACGUUGAUGAUGGGUGUGAAGAUUGCGAGCAAUCCGCAUCGGAAGCAAGCCAACGUCGACUGACUGAUGGUGACUCAUCAACCAAACCUUUACUGGGAGGAACUAAGGAUAUAAUCGAAGAGGACGGCUGGGAUGAAGAAUCUGAGGAAGAGGAAAGAAAUUGCUGUGACUACCUCUGUACUGGGGUCACAUCCUCCUGGCAAUGGCUCUUCACUGUGUCAGCUUUACCGUUUUUGCUUAGUCUAUCUGACCUUCUGAUAGCUACGGGUUCAGGUAUCACGUUACAAUAUAUAUCUUUGUACUUCAUUGAAAAACGUCACGUAACUCCUAUUAUGUUUUUCAUUACAAACAUUGCCUCCAAUAUCUGUAUCGCGCUUUCUUCUACGAUGGUGCGUUAUCUCAGCGAGCAUCACCUUGAUCGUGUGAGUGCCACCAUACUCGUACGCACACUUAGUGCAUCACUGUUGCUAACAAUGGGUGUGAUUGAACUUCCUCUUGUUGCGCUUCUACCGAUAUAUGUUUGCCGUAAUGCUUUAAUGAAUUCCACCGCGGGAGUUACACGCAGUAUCAUUAUGGACUGCGCUCGCAGGGAGAACCGUGCGAUGUGGGCUGCAUUCGAGUGUUUUGUUUCUUUCAUGUGGUCGGCAAGUUCUGUAAUGGGCGGAUACAUUGCUAGUGCGAAGGGAUAUAAGUAUACAUUUGUCAUCACUGCCCUAAUUCACUUUAUUGCUAUGUUUGUAUUGGUGCCGGCCAUAUCUGGUGUGCGGCAGUUGGACAGACACGCAAAAGCGAAAUCACGAACUUGA